AUGGAACAUAAUGACACCGAAAUCAAUGAUUUCUCAUUGGGUUUCAUCAAUGAUGACGGCGCUACAGAGAACUUCAUAGAAGAUGGUAACACGGAUGAUUAUUCAGGCUCUCCUGGUUUUGAGAUUGUUGAGGAAAAAAAGGUCAAUCAUGGGAUGCUUGUUUCGACUCGUCAAGUGGCCGAGACAUUCUUUCACAAGAUGGUUCCUUCACAAACCGUCCAAGUUCAGCUUAAUUCAGUGAUGGCAAACAAUCAUUACGUAGAGAAUGCAGAGGCAAUGAUAAUGAUAAUGGAGAAGCAAGGGUCUUUGUUAAGGAAGGUUAAGGCCUAUGUGAUGGGGAAGCUAAUAAAGCCAUCAAUGACAAUAGCAAGUGCGAUUGUAUUCAUCUUUGCACUUGUGUUGAUGCAUUGUGCUUAUUUGAAGGAAGAAGUUGAAAUUUGGAAUGAGACAUACACUGAUAUUAGUGCUACCAACAUGAAGACAAUGAGACAAUCGUCUCAGAUGAUGAAAUGGAAUGAGUCAAAUGAUGAGGUUUGGAAGAAGCACAAUGGAGUGUUCUCAAACUAG